AUGUCUCUAAAAGCUCUGAGUGAGGGAUGUCCACUGUUGGAGCAAUUGAACAUUUCCUGGUGUGACCAAGUAACCAAGGAUGGCAUCCAAGCACUAGUGAGAGGCUGUGGGGGUCUGAAAGCCUUAUUCUUAAAAGGCUGCACACAGCUAGAAGAUGAAGCUCUCAAGUACAUAGGUGCACACUGUCCUGAACUGGUGACUUUGAACUUGCAGACCUGCUUGCAAAUCACAGAUGAAGGUCUCAUUACUAUAUGCAGAGGGUGCCAUAAGUUACAGUCCCUCUGUGCCUCCGGCUGCUCCAACAUCACGGACGCCAUCCUGAAUGCUCUUGGUCAGAACUGCCCACGACUUAGAAUAUUAGAAGUGGCAAGGUGUUCUCAAUUAACAGAUGUAGGCUUUACCACUCUGGCCAGGAAUUGCCAUGAGCUUGAAAAGAUGGACCUGGAAGAGUGUGUUCAAAUAACAGAUAGCACCUUAAUCCAACUUUCUAUACACUGUCCUCGACUUCAAGUAUUGAGUCUGUCUCACUGUGAGCUGAUCACAGACGAUGGAAUUCGUCAUUUGGGGAAUGGGGCCUGUGCUCAUGACCAGCUGGAGGUGAUUGAACUGGACAACUGCCCACUAAUCACAGACGCAUCCCUGGAGCACUUGAAGAGCUGUCACAGCCUUGAGCGGAUAGAACUCUAUGACUGCCAGCAAAUCUCACGGGCUGGAAUCAAGAGACUCAGGACCCAUUUACCCAAUAUUAAAGUCCACGCCUACUUCGCACCUGUCACUCCACCCCCAUCAGUGGGGGGCAGCAGACAGCGCUUCUGCAGAUGCUGCAUCAUCCUAUGA